CACAGGCUGUGAUCCGGGCUGAGGAUGAUGAUUUCAGCUGGGAAAAUGCAGAAUCGGUGUCCUGGGUGCCGGGCGCAGCUCGUGAGCUUUUAUGAUGCUCUGUUGCUCCCCGGAAACAGGACGAGCGCUCGGCCGUUCCUGCGCCAGCGCAUCCAAGGCGUCUCAGCUGCCUCGGCGCCCGCUGCAGCGCGUCCCUGGCGGCCAAAUUCUAUAAGGCAACUCUCAACAACCAGACGGCUUAGGCAGGGCCCUACGCAAGACAGCAAUACUGUUAGCGACUCGAACCCCCAAGAUAUCGAGACCAUCGUGCGCCAGGCCCGACAAACAUUCGGCGUCACUCUGCCGCCCGACUACCUGACCCCCGAGGAAUACAAGGUCUACGAGAGGUUAUAUGGCCCUCCCUUACGCGAGACGAGGCCCGAGGACGUGGGCAUCCGCCAACAGCAAGAAGAGGCUGAUGCAUACGAUGGCCCACCCCCGGGACACACCCUGCUGAGAGAGACGGAAAGUGGCGAUUAUGAGGAGGUUGAGUACACCAUUGAUCGCUCAACUACUGUAGAGGCGCAAGAAGCAAGUGAAAACCUCGAUCCGGCCGAACUUGGCGAAGAACUCGAGUCCCUUGCCGGCGCCCAGGAUCCGCCCGACGGCCGAAUUGACUACCUCAACGUCAAGGCCAAUAACCGACGAGAAUACAUCGCGCUCCAGAAACUGCAGCGCGACUUUGAAGCGGCCUCGCUGUUGCCGGCUGAGGAGAUUCAUGAAGAGGAGAACAUCAUUGAGCAAGAUGAACCGCGCGAAGAAGAGGACAUUGACGAGGAUGAGGGCGAGCCCGACGCCUCCUUUUCGGUUGCCGCCCUGGAGGGUACAAGGGGCUCACGGCUACAUAGGUACACUACAAUGGGCCGCUUCGGGACCUACCCGAGCACACUGCAACUUCCCAAGCCCACUCUUAUCGAGCCUAUUAGCACUCUCUUGAGCAGAACCGACACGACACAUAUCCGGGAGACAGCGGAGCGUGUGUUGGGAGGUCCAGGGCUGCCCUACGGGCCCGCCACGCCAAAGUCAAGAGCAAACCUCCCACAGAAAGGCCUGCAAUUGGAGGCAGGGCACCACAGGAUGUCAGAGAUCGAAGCGGAUGCCUUCAUUGCCACCAUGCUCCCGGGUCUGUACGCAUCGGUAAUGAGCACACUCGUCGAGACACGGAAGCGCCUGGGCGAAGAUUGGCUGCGGAGCCUCCUGACGAGGGAGGAUGGGACCCCCCCACGAGUGCUUGAUGUCGGCGCUGGUGGAGCAGGCCUGGCCGCCUGGCAAGACGUCCUUCAGGCGGAGUGGGACGUUCUCCGUGACAACGGGGAAGUCACACACCCGGAACCCCCUAGUAAGAGGACGGUUAUCGUGGGCAACGACAAUCUGCGGCACCGUAUCUCUCGGUUCCUGCACAACACGACCUUCCUACCCCGCUUGCCCAAUUAUUUGCAGUCAGUCGAGGCUUCUGAGCGGAAACUUGACUCUGGCGGCGCGCCUCCGCCACGAAAGGUCUUCGAUGUCAUCAUCGCAUCCCACAUGCUGAUGCCGCUAGACAAGGAGUUCAAGCGGAAAGAGUUCCUGGACAACCUGUGGACCAUGCUUUCCCCCGAAGGAGGCGUGCUCAUUGUCAUUGAAAAGGGACAUCCGCGUGGCUUCGAGGCGGUAGCCAAUGUGCGCUCCCGCAUUCUUGACGAGUUCAUCAUCCCGCCCAAGACGGAGCCACACGGUGAGGAGCUGCAAGCCGCAUCAGAUCGUGUGCGGGAGCCAGGCAUGAUUAUCGCGCCCUGCACCAACCACGCAAAGUGCCCAAUGUAUCACACUCCGGGUGUGAGCCCUGGCCGCAAAGACUUCUGCCAUUUCAGCCAGCGCUUCAUCCGCCCUCCCUUCCUGCAGAAGGUGCUUGGCGCCUCGCACCACAGCCAUGAGGACAUCAAUUUCAGUUACCUCGCGGUGCGCAGAGGCGCCUACCCAGAGGGGUACUCGCCGUCUGCUGACGUGGCAGCUGGUGCUGGUGCUGGUGCUGAUGCUGACCCGUCAUCGGCACCUCUCUUCCUGCAGGGCCCCCAAGCCGCCGACCGUGCCUUUGCCGGGUACGAAACGAAUGAGGGCCGGCAGUCGACGCCACCGCACGCGCUCUCGCUGCCUCGCAACAUUCUGGCGCCGAUCAAGAGCAAGGGGCAUGUCACGCUGGACUUGUGCACGCCCGCCGGCACCAUCGAGCGUUGGGUGGUGCCCAGGUCCUUCUCCAAGCAGGCGUACCACGACGCCCGCAAGGCACGCUGGGGCGACCUGUGGGCCCUGGGCGCCAAGACGCGGACUCUGCGCAAUGUCCGCCUUGGCAAGGCCGGCGCGGUCCCCGACGACGAUGGUGUCCGAGCCCGGGAAGCUGCCGCCGGCAAGAAGAAGUACAAGGUGGUUGAGAUCAAUGUACACCCCAAGUACGGCGUUCUCCCCGCGCGCGAGAAGCAGUCCAGGAAGGGCGGUCCCGCGGAGAGGAGGACAAAGGGCGGUAGGAGGGUCAAGAUUGAUGAUUUGCUGGACCAGAUGGGCAUCAAUGAGCUGGAGGAUCCCGAUGACAAGGAGGAUGCCGAGUUCAUGCGGAGCUAAUAAAACGGCAGGUGGGAUUGUGUAUACAUAGCUGAGAUGUAUGUACGUUAUGCCGCUCUUGUACUACUUACUACCCAAGGAUUACCAAAAACCCCAGAGCUUUUAUUUGAUUUGGG